CCCUCCCGGGCUGCGGCUGCUGCAAAGGCAGCAGCGGCGGCGGCGGCGCGGCGGAGCUGUCCGGAGGCCGGCGUCGAGGAUUUGCUUCAUUUUCUACUGGCCAUCCUUCGCCAGCCCGCAGGGACCCCUCUCCUCUUGCCCCUCUGUCAAGAUGGCAGCCAGCACCUCCGAGGUCUCUGAGAUAAACGAGGUGGAAAGGAGUCCUGAGACCCAGCAAGAAGGGCCAGGCCCCUCUGAAGCCCCCCCAACAGGGGUUCCACCCCAGCCAGAGGCCCCCCCACAGGCAGGCCCAGACCCCAACGUGGCCCCUGUGGACUCAGGAGAGCCAAAGGCUGGGUCAGCUCCUGAAACCUCCGAGACCCCCGCCCAGGCCACAGACCUCAGUGUUAGCCCAGGAGGAGACUCCAAGACCAACUCCAGUCCCCAAGAAGCAUGCCAAGAAGCAGCCUCCACAGCAGAGGAGAGCAAGGAGGCCCCAGCUGCAGAUCAGGGCUCCGAGCUGCAGCCGGCGGCCCCACCUGAGCCAGCCGCAGAGCCUGCUCCCCAGCCGGAGGAGCCCCAGCCCAGCCUCAAGCCGGCUGUCCAGCCAGAAUCCCUGAGCCAGGACCACACCCCUGAGAGCCUGACCGAGAAUGAGGGGGGGAAGCAAGAAAAUGGGGUAGUGGUCCCACUCGAGGCUGGUAAUGGGAAAGAGGGUCAAGCCCCCCAGCUUCACUCCCCACCCUCAAACAAGUCACCCCCAGCCAACGGGGCUCCCCCUCGGGUGUUGCAGCAGCUGGUUGAGGAGGAUCGAAAAGGAAGAGCUCAUGGUGGGCACCCGGGAUCUCCCCGAGGUAGCCUGAGCCGCCACCCCAGCUCUCAGCUGGCGGGGGUAGAGGGGGGCGAAGGUACCCAGAAACCUCGAGACUACAUCAUCCUUGCCAUCCUGUCGUGUUUCUGCCCCAUGUGGCCUGUCAACAUCGUGGCCUUUGCUUAUGCUGUCAUGUCUCGUAACAGCCUGCAGCAGGGGGACGUGGAUGGGGCUCAGCGCCUGGGUCGUGUGGCCAAGCUCUUAAGCAUCGUGGCACUGGUCGGGGGUGUCCUAAUCAUCAUCGCCUCCUGCGUCAUCAACUUGGGUGGUGAGUAGAGCUGCGGGACAAGCCGGGGCAGGCUGGGGGGUUGCGUGGAAGGCGGCCUUACUAACCCCUGCCCUGCUCUCUCCUGUCUGUCCCCUCGACUUUGUUGCCUUGUCUCUGUCUUCCCCACCCUUCCUCUCCCACAGUGUAUAAGUGAGGGGCUCUGCCCCCACACUCCGAGACUUUUCUUCUUCCUGUUGGGAGCUGCCAUGGGUCCAUCCCUCCCCUGGUGGGGGGAGCCCAGUCGAAUUCCCCGGCCCCCACCCCUAGGACCAAGGGAGCCCCAGCGGCCUUGUUUACAGCUCCUCUCCCGUUCCUGCAUCCUACCAGGCUCCUCUGCCAACCGUAGGCCUCCCACUGCCUGCAUUUCUGCCUGUAUCCCCUCUGGCCUCUGGGCCUGCCCCUCCCUGCACUUCCGGAAACCUCUGUGAACAUCUUCCCACUCUGUGCUCCCUCCUGAGCUCCCCGCCUCAUCCCACCCAGUCUUUCCCACCUAGUGGUGUUGUCCUUGUCUUAAGUCCUCUCCUCCUUGCCUUUCUGCCACCCACAGUCUCUUCCAGCCUCCUCAUCUCCCCUCAGCACCCUUUUCUCCACCUGUUCAUUCUGUACUUAGAUCAGGCUGGGGGAGGGGAGAGGAGGGGAGUGGUCUGGGACAGUGGGUGUCUGGCCCGGCACGCUGACUGUUCUCCACCUGGCCCUCCCACAGCUUGGUCAGCCAGGCUUCCCGUGCUAGGGUGGCCUGCCAAGCACUGUCUCUGAACACCUUGGAGGGAGGAGGGGCGGUCCGAGUUGACCCACCCACCUGGGCUUUCAAACCUCAAGUUUUUUUCUUGAAGGUAUUGGGGUUCAGGCUUGGUACAGAAAGAACUCAAACAUUAGGACCAAAGCUCCCCGGGGUGGGCAGGGAGCGAGGGAAGGGCGGGGAGCGCUGCCGUUCCUUCCUAGGAGGGAGGUGUGGUGCACGCAGCAACCCGUUGAGGACCCAGCUACCUUGUGGGUCGGGAUUGGCGGGGAUUCUGUUUUCUAAAAAAAAUUAAAAAGAAAAAAAAAAGAAAGAAAAGAAUCUGAAGGAGGAUAAAACUAGGUAAACGGGUUCUCCCUUUUUGUAUGCUGGAUGCUGCAUGAGUCUGAAACACCAAUAAACGGAGACUGCAUGA